AAGCGAAAGAGGCAAAGUUAACUGCUUGAGCUGGGGUAGGACUAGCAGUCCCUCCCUGAACAGGGCUGAGGAUGGCUGCACCCGGCUACUUCCCGCUGCUGGUCGAGGGGUCCUGGGGUCCCGAUCCCCCGAAGAGCUUGAUCACCAAGUUGCAGUUGUACUUCCAGAGCCAGAAGAGAUCGGGAGGCGGGGAGUGUGAGGUCCGACAGGAACCCGGCAGCACGGCCCGCUUCCUAGUGCUCUUCCACCCACAUGACGUUCGGCAGAACGUUCUGGAGAGAGAGAACCACGAGUUAGCAUGGCCAGGAAAAGGAACAUUUAAGUUAACAGUCAAGUUGCCUCCAGACCCAAAUGAAGUCCAUGAUGCCUCUAAGGAGAAAAUUCCAGGAAAGGAAUCCAAGAUGAAAGAAUAUGCCAAAGAACCAGAUGCAUCAGAAGAUACACAAAUCUCUCUCAACAAAAGAUCAGAAAAAAUGGAAGAUAUCCCAAAGCAAUGUGAAAAUAUUCCCUCUUUGGUUGCAUUUGAAAAUCUCAAAGCAAAUGUAACUGACAUGAUGCUAACCUUGUUGGUGGAGAACGUAAGUGGCCUGUCCAGUGAUGAUUUUCAAGUGGAAGUAAUACGGAGAUUUUGAGUUGGC